AUGUCUAUGGGAAAUCUCUCUGCCGCGUUGUCCCUGCGUACCUUCCUUGAAGAAUGUAAGGCGGAGGGAGAUGUUGUGGAAAUUGAUCUGGAAGUGGAUCCCCAUCUCGAGUCUGGUGCCAUAUCUCGCCGUGCAUACGAAACGGGUAGUCCAAUGCCGCUCAUCAACAAUCCCAAGGGUAAAGAUGGUCCAGAGGGUCUCUUCCGCAUUCUUGGCGCUCCGGUGGGUGUCCGAAGUGAUCGAGCAACUAGAUACGCUCGUUUCGCGAAGUCUAUUGGGCUGCCUUCCAACGCAACUGGACAUGACAUCAUUCAGAAGCUUCUAGCCUCAAAGAAAGCUGAGCCCAUUCCAUCUAUUAAGGUUCACGAUGCACCGCUCAAGGAGCAUAAGAUCUUUGGCGAUGAAAUCGACCUUCUCAAGUUGCCAGUUCCAAAGAAUCACGCAAGUGACGGAGGCAGAUAUUUUCUCACAUAUGGCCUGCACAGUGUUCAAACUCCGGAUGGUAAAUGGGUGAACUGGGCUAUUACCCGUUGUAUGGUGAUCGGUAAACGACAAUUGACUGGCCUUGUGGAUGUGAAGCAGGAUAUUGGGGCCAUCUGGGCGAUGUGGAAGGCUCAGGGAAAGGACACACCCUGGGCUUGCGCCCUUGGUGUUCCGCCAGCAGCCGCCGUGGCUAGCGGUAUGCCACUUCCAAAAUUCGUGAACGAGCCGGAUUAUGUUGGUGCUAUCACAGGAGUUCCUGUGGAGGUCAUUAAGUGUGAGACAAAUGACCUUGUAGUGCCGGCACAGUCUGAGGUAGUCCUUGAGGGAACUAUCUCCGCAAACGAGACGGCAGAUGAAGGGCCCAUGGGAGAAUAUCACGGUUUUCUCUUCCCAGCCAAGAAAUCGCCACAGCCGGUAAUGACGGUCAAUGCGAUUACUUAUCGAAGCAACCCCAUUGUUCCGAUCGCUGUCGCAGGUCGUGCUCCAGAUGAAACUCAUACCGUUUGGGCCUUGUCGAUCUGCGCUGAAAUUCUCGACUUGUUGCAGCAGGCAGACCUACCAAUCACCAGGGCUUGGUGCCCGUACGAGUCCCAGGCCAUCUGGUAUGUGGUCCAGGUCGAUCGGAAGAGGCUUGUGGAGAUGAAGACCACGCCUGAGACAUUCUGUCGUCAAGUCGGGGAGAUUGUUUUCUCUUCUAAGCCUGGUCGAUUUGUGCCAAAGAUCUUUAUUGUAGGCGACAACAUCGAUCCUAGUGACUUGCAUGAGGUCGUCUGGGCUGAAGCGACCAAGUCUCAGCCACAAGACAGCGACUUCUUCUUCGUGGGCAAUUAUCCAACCUAUGAUCUAGUGCCAUACGCCACCCACGGCUUUAAUCCUCACGAGCCGCAAGCCAAGGUAGUCAGAUUGUGUAUGUUGCCUGCAGAAUUCAAGACUUUGGACCGGCCAUGGGUUGAAGCUUCAUUCCGUGCAUCUUACCCGGAAGAACUUAAGAAGAAAGUCCUGGAUAGCUGGUGGGCAUACGGGUUUGGAGAAAAUCCUGUAAAUCUUUAA